GCCGGGCGGAAGGCACUAUUUUUGACCAGUGUGCUCCUGGUGCCGAGCUCGAAGAAGAGGUGCUUGAGCGCACUGAAGCCAGCGACCGCACCGACCGACUCGGCUCGCUUGGUCUCCAAGCAGGGCACUUUUUCCGAUAUGUCAAUUCUGCUGCCGCACUAGGCAACUGGUUUCGCGCAAAAAUCACCACCGAUCUUUCCGCACAGGAUUAAGCAAGACUCUCCGACUGCACCAUGGCGGACAGCGAAGGAGGGUCCGAACAGGAUGAUGUUUCAUUCCUUAGGACGGAAGACAUGGUUUGUCUUUCGUGCACUGCCACCGGCGAGAGGGUUUGUCUGGCGGCAGAGGGCUUUGGUAACAGGCACUGCUUCUUGGAGAACAUCGCAGACAAGAACAUCCCUCCAGAUUUGUCACAAUGCGUGUUUGUCAUCGAGCAGGCUCUGUCAGUGAGAGCCCUCCAAGAAUUGGUCACUGCAGCAGGAUCUGAAACAGGCAAAGGAACUGGAUCUGGACACAGAACUUUACUUUACGGCAACGCUAUCCUCCUCAGGCACCAGAACAGCAACAUGUACUUGGCCUGCUUAUCGACAAGUUCCUCAAACGAUAAGCUUUCUUUUGAUGUUGGUCUGCAGGAGCAUUCACAGGGUGAGGCAUGUUGGUGGACGGUCCAUCCUGCCUCAAAACAGAGAUCUGAGGGUGAGAAAGUGCGAGUCGGAGAUGACCUCAUUUUGGUCUCGGUUGCCACCGAGCGCUACUUGCACACUGCCAAGGAAAACGACAUCUCCGUGGUGAACGCUUCGUUCCACGUGACCCAUUGGUCAGUGCAGCCCUACGGCACCGGCAUCAGCCGCAUGAAGUACGUCGGCUACGUCUUCGGGGGCGACGUGCUCCGAUUUUUCCACGGCGGCGACGAGUGUCUCACGAUACCAUCCACGUGGAGCGAACAAACAGGGCAAAACAUUGUAGUUUACGAAGGCGGCAGUGUUAUGAGUCAAGCCCGCUCUCUUUGGCGCCUCGAACUGGCCAGGACAAAGUGGUCUGGGGGUUUCAUCAACUGGUACCACCCGAUGCGAAUCAGACACAUCACCACUGGUCGCUACUUGUGCGUCAAUGAGAACAACGAACUUUACUUGGUGCAACGAGACAACGCGACGAUUUCCUCAUCAACAUUCUGUCUGCGUCAAGAAAAAGACGAUCAGAAAGUUGUGCUUGAGGACAAAGAUCUUGAGAUCAUUGGUGCGCCAAUCAUCAAGUAUGGUGACAGUACAGUCAUCAUGCAACACGCCGAAUCAGGGCUUUGGCUGUCUUACAAAUCGUAUGAGACAAAGAAAAAGGGCGUUGGCAAAGUGGAAGAAAAACAGGCCAUCCUUCACGAGGAAGGAAAAAUGGACGACGGUCUGGACUUCAGCAGGAGUCAAGAAGAAGAAUCGAGGACGGCUCGUGUCAUCAGAAAGUGCAGCUCGCUUUUUACCAAAUUCAUCACUGGUUUGGAAACGCUCCAAAUCGACAGGAGGCCAUCGUUGUUCUUCCAGUCUGUUAAUCUUGGCGAGAUGGUCAUGUGCUUGGAGGACUUGAUUAAUUACUUUGCUCAACCAGAAGAGGAUAUGGAGCACGAAGAAAAGCAGAACAAGUUGAGGGCUUUGAGGAACAGGCAGGAUCUGUUCCAGGAGGAGGGAAUUCUGAAUUUGAUUCUGGAAGCCAUUGAUAAAAUCAAUGUUAUCACCUCGCAAGGAUUUCUCGUGUCCUUGGCGGGCGACGAGUCUGGCCAGAACUGGGAAAAAAUUUCUGGCUACCUUUAUCAAUUGCUCGCUGCCAUCAUCAUGGGAAAUCACACCAACUGCGCUCAGUUUGCCAAUUCGAACAGACUGAACUGGUUGUUCAGCAGAUUGGGUUCUCAGGCGUCCGGAGAGGGCACCGGAAUGUUGGACGUGCUCCACUGUGUGCUCCACGACUCGCCCGAGGCUUUGAACAUGAUGAGGGAUGAGCACAUCAAAGUGAUCAUUUCGCUUCUUGAAAAGCACGGCCGCGACCCAAAAGUUUUGGACGUGUUGUGUUCACUUUGCGUCGGUAACGGUGUCGCCGUCCGCUCUUCGCAAAACAACAUCUGCGAUUUCUUGCUGCCUGGCAAGAAUCUGCUUCUGCAAACUAUGCUGGUUGACCAUGUGGCCAGUGUGCGACCAAACAUCUUCCUUGGCCGAGUGCAAGGCUCAGCCCAGUACCAAAAGUGGUACUUUGAGGUGACGCUCGACCACAUGGAGCAAACCACCCACAUGAUGCCUCAUCUGCGCAUCGGCUGGGCCAACACGGCCGGAUACAUCCCUUACCCCGGCGGCGGUGAAAAGUGGGGCGGAAACGGAGUGGGCGACGAUCUUUACUCCUUCAGUUUCGACGGCGCCAAUUUGUGGACCGGCGGCCGCUGCACCACGGCCAUCCCCGAAAUGACUGAACCGUACAUCAGAAAGGGAGACGUGAUUGGCGUCGCCCUUGACCUCACCAUUCCCUGCAUUUCUUUCACUUUCAACGGUGCCCGAGUCAAGGGCACCUUCAGAAACUUCAACCUUGACGGCAUGUUUUUCCCUGCCAUCAGUUGCUCCUCAAAGCUGAGCUGCCGCUUCUUGUUUGGCGGAGACCACGGCAGGCUGAAAUAUCCUCCACCCGAGGAGUUCUCGCCUUUGGUCGAGAGUUUGCUCCCCAACCAAAUUCUUUCAAUCGACCCGUGUUUCUACUUUGGAAAUUUGAACAAGGGCGUGAUGUCAGGUCCUUGGCCAGUUGAGGACGACACUGCCUUUGUUCCUGUGCCUGUAGACACGACCACGAUUUCUCUGCCUAGUUACAUAGAGAGUAUUCGUGACAAACUGGCCGAGAACAUUCACGAAAUGUGGGCGAUGAACAAGAUCGAGGCUGGCUGGUCUUACGGCGAACGCAGAGACGACAUGCGACACAUCCACCCCUGCUUAACGCAGUUCGCAAAUUUGCCACCCGCCGAGAAACGAUACGACUCGCAGCUUGCUGUGCAAACACUAAAGACCAUCCUGGCGCUGGGAUAUUACAUCACCAUGGAUAAACCGCCCUCGCGCAUCAAGAACGUGCGCCUGCCUAACGACCCUUUUAUGCAGGGCAAUGGGUACAAACCGGCGCCACUCGACUUGAGCGCAGUGACUUUGACGACAAAAAUGGAAGAGCUGGUCGAUUCUCUUGCCGAAAACACUCACAAUUUGUGGGCCAAGGAAAGAAUCAAUCAGGGCUGGACCUACGGCCUAAACGAGGACCCCGACAUGCGUCGCAGUCCUCACCUUGUGCCCUACAACAAGGUCGACGACCUGAUCAAAAAAGCAAACAGGGACACUGCAAGUGAAACUGUGCGAACCCUGCUUGUUUACGGGUAUAAUUUGGAGCCACCAACCGGAGAGGCGCACGAAGCAAUGCUUGCUGAAGCGGCCAGAGCAAGGAGAAUUGAGUUCAGAACCUACAGAGUUGAAAAGAACUACGCCUGCACCAGUGGAAAAUGGUACUUUGAGUUUGAAGUUUUGACCACUGGUCCGAUGCGCGUUGGAUGGGCGAGAGCCGAUUGUCCCCCGGGCUGCCAGUUGGGCAGUGACGAGUUCUCUUGGGCUUUCGACGGCUACAACGAAGAAAAAGUUCACGGCGGCUCCGGAGAGACAUUUGGCAAACAAUGGGUAGUGGGCGAUGUUGUUGGCGUCUGCCUCGAUCUAAUUGAUCGCACGAUCAGUUUCUCACUCAAUGGUGAGCUUCUGAUGGACGCACUCGGAGGUGAGACUUCGUUUGCCGACGUCCAAGGCGACGCGUUUGUCCCUGCCUUCACCCUUGGCGUAGGCCAGAGGGCCAAACUCACCUACGGCCAAGACGUCAACUCGCUCAAGUUCUUCACGAUGUGCGGCUUGCAAGAAGGUUACGAGCCAUUCUGCGUUAACAUGAAGAGGCCAGUUACGUACUGGUACACAAAAGAUCAGCCAAUAUUCGAGAACACAGACGAUAUGGCCGACACCAGAAUUGACGUGACAAGAAUUCCUGCCGGCUCAGACACUCCACCUUGUCUGAAAAUCAGCCACAACACAUUUGAGACCAUGGAAAAGGCCAACUGGGAGUUCUUGAGACUUUCACUUCCAGUCAUUUGUCAAUCAUCUUUCAUUGAUGAGCAUGAGAAAAUGAUGAGGUGGCAGGAGAUUAAAAUCAGGCAGCACAGGCUGCUUUCUGAAGCCGACCAAGUCAGCCCUGGACACAUUGAGCAAAUUAUCAAGAGUGGUGGUUUCAACAUGAACGACAUUAAGAGCCUCCAGAGGGGAUUUUCUGAAGACGGACCCGAGUCGGACGAAGUAACCGGAAGACCUGGUUUUCCCAACAGACCACCACGCAGGGCGUCAGUUUCAAAGACAAACGGUUAUGACGUUACUGAUCCUGGCAAGAGAGCCUUGAGCGAGAACCCGACAAACGGAUAUGAAGAACCCGACGACAAGAAGAAGAGAGGAAGGUCACCUUUCAGGUUCUUCUCCAAAAAGAACAGGGAUGCCAGCAAUGAUCGCGGCAAGAAAUUGGGCAACAACCUUGAAGUGCCCUCUGAAAGAAAUAAGCCUGUCGACAUGAAGAAAAACGCUGCCCUUAAUAUGUCAUCGACCGACUUGAAACUGGUUCCGCCCUCCGUACCUGACAGGCAACCCAAGGCUUUGAGUGGCUCCCUGUCCAACUCCAAGAUCGAGACCAUUGGCAACGAAAUGUACGACGCCGAUUGCCUGAAGCUGAUUAACGAGUACUUCUACGGAGUGCGAAUCUUCCCUGGCCAAGACCCGACCCACGUAUAUGUUGGCUGGGUGACCACCCAGUACCAUUUGCACAGCAAGGAAUUCAACCAGGACAAGGUCAGGACCUCUGGCGUCUUCAUUGUGGAUGAAAUCGGCGACGUUAUUGAAAACGUCGACCGCCAGAGUUGCUACAUGCUGAGGGCUGACGAAUUGUACAACGAGGUGACCAAUGAUGCCUCAGGAAAGGGUGCGAGCCAGGGUAUGUUUGUUGGCUGCUGCCUGGACACAGCCACUGGCUACAUGACCUUCCACUGUGAAGGAAAAGAGACGAAGCACAAGUAUAAGAUGGAGCCGGGAACUAAACUGUUCCCUGCAAUUUUCGUCGAGGCCACGAGCAAAGAUAUCAUGCAGAUUGAACUUGGCAGAACUUCCACCACACUGCCACUGUCAGCUGCCGUCUUGCAGAACUCCGAGAAGCAUGUCAACCCCCAGUUCCCUCCGAGGCUAAAAGUUCAGUGCCUGAAACCCCACCAAUGGGCCAGAGUGCCGAACCAGAGUCUCCAAGUCCACGCUCUGAAGCUGUCUGACAUCAGAGGCUGGAGUAUGUUGUGCGAAGACCCAAUUUCCAUGCUGGCCCUGCACAUUCCGGAAGAGGACCGGUGCAUUGAUAUUCUUGAACUUAUUGAAAUGGAGCGCCUUCUCAGCUUCCAUUCCCACACUCUGACUUUGUACGCUGCUCUUUGCUUCCAAUCCAACUACCGAGCAGCGCACACGCUUUGCCAACACGUUGGACAGAACCAGCUUUUGUAUGCAAUUAGGUCUGAGUACAUGUCUGGUCCGUUGAGAAGAGGAUUUUACGACCUUCUCAUUGCCCUCCAUUUGGAAUCCCACGCUACAACCAUGGAGGCUUGCAAGAAUGAAUACAUCGUGACUCUGAGCCCUGACCUCAAGGAAAUCUAUAGUGAACCUGACAUGUGCCACAGCCUCCACUCCCUUCGCACUGAAUCCGUUCAACCGACAAUGAAAAUGACAGACAUCAAUGAUACUAUUGACAACAUCAUGAACCUGUACAGUCCAUACUUCCCUCUCGAAGAGCUAAGAGAUUUUGCCAUGACUGCGCUGGAAGAAGCUGUUACGAUCAACCAGGUGCAUAACCGAGAUCCAGUCGGAGGAAGCAACGAAAACCUUUUCCUUCCGCUCCUCAAACUUACUGACAGGCUUCUGCUUGUUGGAACUUUGUGUGACGAAGAUGUAAUGAAGUUGCUUAUCAUGAUUGACCCUGACACUUGGGACCCUUCCUUUGAGAGAGAGGGCAAAGAUGAGCACCGCAAGGGACUGUUGCACAUGAAGAUGGCCGAAGGAGCCAAACUUCAAAUGUGCUACUUGUUGCAUCACUUGUGUGACGUUCAAUUGAGACAUCGCGUUGAAUCAAUUAUCGCCUUCAGUUAUGACUACAUAGCUGAAAUUCAGACUGAUCAACUGAGGCGUUAUAUUGAAAUCAAAGCAUCUGAUUUGCCAUCGGCAAUCGCUGCAAAGAAAACAAAGGAAUUCCGCUGUCCACCAAGAGAUCAGAUGAAUGCAAUUUUGGGAUUCAAAAACCUGGAAGAGGAAGAGAAAGAAAACUGUCCAUUGGGCGACGAAAUGCGUGAGAAAAUGAAUGCACAGCACCAAGCUUUGAUGGAAAUAGUGUCACUUAAUGCACUGAAGGAACCAGAGGAAGAAUGUGAAGCUGACAAAGUCAAGCCAGGACCGAUUCAGCGUCUUUACAAUUUGAUAAACGCCGUGAAAGAGCUGGAAGAGGAGCCAAAGGAAAUUCCUGAGCCAGUUAAAAAAACUCCCGAGGAGGUGUUCCGCAAGGUACUGAUCAAGACAAUUGUUAGGUGGGCAGAGGAGGCUAUGAUAGAAACGCCAAAACUUGUGCAGGAGAUGUUCGACUUGCUGGUUCGGCAGUACGACACUGUCGGUCAAUUGAUCAGAGCCCUCCAGAAGACGUACGUUAUUGCUGCCAAAACCAAAUCUGACGUCGAGCUGAUGUGGGUUGGACUGAGUCAAAUCAGAGCACUUUUGCCUGUGCAAAUGUCUCAAGAGGAAGAGGCGCUAAUGCGCACCAGACUUUGGAAAAUGGUCAACAAUCGCACUUUCUUCCAACACCCUGAUCUAAUCCGUGUCCUCCGUAACCACGAGAACGUCAUGGCCGUGAUGAUGAACACCCUCGCCAGGCGCGCUCAAGGUCAAUCUGACCAACAAGCUCAAGCAGCCAGUGCAGAAGGCGAAACUGCGGCUCCCAAAGAGAAGGACACUUCCCACGAAAUGGUGGUAGCCUGUUGCCGAUUCCUUUGCUACUUCUGUCGCACAUCGAGACAGAAUCAGAAAGCCAUGUUCGACCAUCUGGCUUUCUUGCUGGAAAACAGCAACAUUUUGCUUUCGAGGCCAUCCUUAAGAGGAAGCACUCCAUUGGACGUUGCCAUCUCCUCUUUAAUGGAAAAUACAGAGCUUGCUCUUGCUCUCAGAGAGCAUUAUCUGGAGAAGAUUGCUAUUUACUUGUCACGUUGCGGUCUGCAAUCAAACUCCGAGUUGGUUGAAAAGGGCUACCCUGAUUUGGGUUGGGAUCCCGUUGAAGGCGAGCGAUACCUCGACUUCCUCAGAUUUUGCGUCUGGGUCAAUGGUGAAAGUGUGGAGGAAAAUGCAAACUUGGUCAUUCGUCUGCUGAUCAGACGACCGGAAUGUCUUGGUCUUGCCCUGCGUGGCGAGGGCGAGGGUUUGCUAAACGCGAUUACUGAGGCCAACAAGAUGUCUGAUAGAAUAACCAUACAAAGAAAAAUGAUGGACGAGGCCGAGGGAACAAUGUCAACGGCUCACUUUGAUCAUCCCUUGCCCGAGGGAGACGACGACGAGGAUUAUAUUGACACUGGCGCCGCAAUUCUCAACUUUUAUUGCACCUUGGUUGAUCUUUUGGGAAGGUGUGCACCUGACGCAUCAGUCAUUGCCCAGGGCAAAAAUGAUUCGCUGAGGGCACGCGCCAUUCUCCGCUCGCUGGUGCCCUUGGAGGACCUCCAGGGCGUGCUGAGUCUCAGAUUCACCCUGCAAGCCCCUGCUGCUGGCGAAGAGCCACCAAAGAGCGACAUCCCGUCUGGUCUCAUUCCCGGACACAAGCAGAGCGUUGUUUUAUUCUUGGAGCGAGUUUAUGGCAUUGAAACGCAGGAGCUCUUCUACAGACUGCUCGAAGACGCUUUCCUGCCUGAUUUGAGAACGGCUACCAUGCUGGACAAGAAUGACGGCUAUGAAUCGGCGAUGGGACUGGCAAUGAAUCGCUAUAUUGGCAACUCGAUCUUGCCGCUGCUCAUCCAACACUCGGCUUUCUACAAUGAGGCUGACAAUUAUUCCAACUUGUUGGACGCCACCCUCCACACAGUGUACAGACUUUCAAAGAACAGGAUGCUUACAAAGGGACAGCGAGAUGCGGUUUCUGACUUUUUGGUUGCGCUCACUAGCCAAAUGCAGCCAAGCAUGCUUCUAAAGCUUCUACGAAAACUCACCGUUGAUGUCUCCCAGCUCUCUGAAUACACCACCGUUGCCCUCAGGCUGCUGACCCUGCAUUACGAGCGCUGCGCCAAAUAUUACGGCUCUACUUCAGUUUCUCAGAGCAUUUACGGCGCUUCGAGUGACGAGGAAAAGCGCCUCACCAUGGUUUUGUUCAGCAACAUAUUCGACUCGCUGUCCAGAAUGGACUACGACCCCGAGCUUUUCGGAAAGGCGCUGCCUUGCUUGACAGCUAUCGGUUGCGCUCUGCCUCCAGAUUAUACACUUUCUAAGAACAACGACGAAGAGUGCUACGGAAUCAAGUCCAGCAGCCCGGACGGCCCUUACGAUCCGCAGCCAAUCGACACUAGCAAUGUGCAGCUGAAUAACGAUUUGGUGAACAUCAUCCAGAAGUUCAGCGAGCAUUACCACGACGCGUGGGCGAGCAGAAAACUCGAGUUCAGCUGGCAAUACGGAGAACAGUGGUCGGACAGCUCUAAAACUCACCCGAGGCUCAAGCCUUACAGCAUGUUGGGCGAAUUUGAACGUGAGCGCUACAGAGACCCAGUGAGGGAAUCAAUGAAAGCUUUGUUGGCCAUCAACUGGAGCGUCGAGCACGCCGAGGUCGAGGACGAGUCGAGGGGCAACUCUGGACGCAGAGCUUCAAAGGGCCCAGGCGACACAAACAACCCCUUCGACUACCACCCCAGGCCUGUGGACAUGACGAACUUGACGCUCAGCAGAGAAAUGCAAAAUAUGGCCGAGCGUUUGGCUGAAAACGCGCACGACAUCUGGGCCAAGAAGAAGAAAGAGGAACUUCUUGCAUGCGGUGGGGCUGUGCACCCUCAGUUGGUGCCUUACGAUCUUCUCACCGACAAAGAAAAGAGGAAGGACCGCGAACGCUGCCAAGAAUUCCUCAAGUACCUCCAGUACCAAGGCUUCAAGCUCCACAAGCCUACACGAGGAGGAUCUGUCGAGAGUGAGGGUGGAACUGCCGGUGCAGCAGUGGAGCUGCGUUUCGCCUACAGUCUGCUGGAAAAGCUCAUUCAAUACACCGACACUGCGUCCAUCAGCAUGAAACUUUACAAACCGUCCAGCACAUUCAGCAGAAGAAACAGCUUCAAAACUUGCACCAGAGAUAUUAAAUUCUUUUCAAAGGUGGUGAUGCCAUUAGUGGAAAAGUACUUUAGCGCCAAUCGCAACUAUUUCAUCGCUGUUGCCACUGCCACGCACACUGAAGGAGCAGCCUCCUUGAAAGAAAAAGAGAUGGUUGCCAGCUUGUUCUGCAAGCUAGCCAACCUGUUGAGAACAAAGCUGGCAGCGUUUGGUGCAGAUGUGAGGAUCACGGUGCGCUGUCUGCAAGUCCUUGUGAAAUCAGUAGACGCAAAAUCUCUGGUAAAGAACUGCCCAGAAUUUAUUCGCACAUCUAUGUUGACGUUCUUCAACAACACUGCCGAAGAUCUGGGCCAUACUGUAUUGAACUUGCAAGAGGGAAAAUAUAGCCACUUGAGAGGCACCCACCUCAAGACUUCCACCUCCCUUCAAUAUGUGGACGGAGUCAUUUUGCCAGUGUUGACAGAAAUGUUUGACCACUUGGCGGCCUGCGAGUACGGCAGUGAUCUUUUGCUUGACGACAUUCAGUGUGCGGCGUAUAAAAUCCUGGCUGGUCUGUACACACUUGGAACAGACGGAUCACUCACAAAUGACAGAAAGUUUCUGAAAAUUGAGCUGGGAAGACACAGACCAGCCCUUGGCAGCUGCCUUGGUGCAUUUUCGUCUUGCUUCCCAGUAGCAUACUUGGAGCCGCACUUGAACAAGCAAAAUCAUUUCUCAAUCCAUCACAGAAUGGCCGACCAUUCUUUGGAGGCUCAAGACGUGAUGGCGAGAAUGGACGCAACAAUGCCCACGUUGGAGACGGUCUUGGGCCAAGUGGAGGCGUACGUUGAGUCGGAAAAUACCCAUGCUGACGCGCCUCACAUAAUUGACGUUAUUUUGCCCAUGCUCUGCUCGUACUUGCCCUUCUGGUGGUCGCAAGGACCAGACAACGUUGGUGCCAAUCCUGGCGGAACGUACGUGACAAUGGUGACCAGUGAACACAUGAACCAGCUGCUGAAGAACGUGCUUAAAAUGAUCAGAAAGAAUAUUGGCAACGAGAAUGCCCCUUGGAUGACCAGAAUUGCUGCUUACACCCAACAAAUCAUUAUCAAUUCCUCCGAAGAAUUGUUGAAAGAUGUGUUUCUGCCUUUGGCUGAGAGAGUUCGCAAGAGGACAGACAAUAUGUUCCACAAAGAGGAGUCCAUGCGUGGCUUCCUGAAAUCUUCAGCUGACGACACCUCUCAGCUGGAGUCUCAGAUUCAAGAGGACUGGCAGCUGCUUGUUCGUGAUAUUUAUGCAUUUUACCCUCUGCUCAUCAAGUAUGUCGAUUUACAAAGGAAUCAUUGGCUCAGGAAUAAUAUCGCUGAAGCUGAAGAUUUGUACAAUCACGUUGGUGAAAUCUUCAAUAUCUGGUCAAAAUCACAGUACUUCUUGAAAGAGGAGCAAAACUUCAUUUCCGCCAAUGAGAUUGACAACAUGGUGCUCAUCAUGCCCACUUCCACCACUAGGAGAACUGCGGUUGUGAGCGACGGAGGAGCUGCUCAAGGGGGUGGAAAGAAAAAGAAAAAGAACAGAGAGAAAAAGAAGAACAAAGACAAAGAGCUGCAAGCGUCUUUGAUGGUUGCUUGCUUGAAGCGUCUGCUCCCAGUUGGUCUCAAUUUGUUUGCCGGACGUGAGCAGGAGCUUGUCCAGCACUGCAAGGACAGAUACUUAAAGAAAAUGCCAGAAUACGAAAUUAUUGACUUUGCGAAGACGCAACUCACACUGCCAGACAAGAUUGACCCUGCCGAUGAAAUGUCCUGGCAGCACUACCUCUACUCCAAAUUGGGCAACAAAAAGGAGCCCGAGGGCGAAAUUGCCGGUAACACACCGAAUAAUAAUGAGAAGACCAAGAUGAUCGACGACGUUGUCGAGAGAAUUGUGGCCAUGGCCAAAGUGCUGUACGGUUUGCACAUGAUUGACCACCCACAACAACAACAAAAAGGCGUCUAUCGUUCUGUCGUUUCGACACAACGCAAACGAGCUGUCAUUGCCUGCUUCAGGCAGGCCACUCUCCAUUCGCUUCCCAGGCACAGAGCAAUCAACUUCUUCCUGCGUUCCUACCACGAGCUCUGGCUGCAGGAUGAAAACGUUGGAACUGAGAUUAUGAUCGAGGACUUGACACAAUCGUUCGAAGACUCUGAACUGAAUAAGGGAGAGGAAGAGGAGGAGGGCAAGCCUGAUCCUUUGACCCAAUUGGUCACCACCUUCUGCAGAGGCGCCAUGACUGAACGAAGUGGCGCUUUGCAAGAGGAUCCGCUUUACAUGAGUUACGCGGAAAUCAUGGCAAAAUCCUGCGGCGAGGAGGAAGAAGAGGGUGGAGACGAGGGUGGCGAAGGUGAAGAGGGUGGCGCCUCUAUUCAUGAGCAAGAAAUGGAGAAGCAGAAACUGCUGUUCCACCAGGCACGUCUUGCAAACAGAGGCGUGGCAGAAAUGGUGCUCUUGCACAUUUCGGCCAGCAAGGGUCAGCAGAGCGAAAUGGUUAUGAAGACAUUGCAACUCGGCAUUUCGGUGCUCAGAGGAGGCAACCUGGACAUUCAAAUGGGUAUGCUGAACCACCUGAAGGAAAAGAAGGACGUCGGUUUCUUCACCUCAAUCGCCGGCCUCAUGAACUCCUGCAGCGUCCUUGACCUUGACGCUUUUGAGCGAAACACAAAGGCCGAAGGUCUCGGCGUCGGCGCCGACGGCGCCGCCGGAGAGAAGAACAUGCACGACGCCGAGUUCACGUGUGCCCUUUUCCGAUUCAUCCAACUGACCUGUGAAGGUCACAACCUCGAGUGGCAAAACUAUUUGCGAACCCAGGCUGGCAACACGACAACCGUCAACGUGGUCAUCUGCACGGUCGAUUACUUGCUGCGCCUGCAGGAGUCCAUCAUGGACUUCUACUGGCACUACUCGAGCAAGGAGCUCAUCGACCCUGCGGGCAAAGCAAACUUCUUCAAGGCCAUCGGCGUCGCUAGCCAAGUGUUCAACACCCUCACUGAGGUCAUUCAGGGCCCUUGCACACAGAACCAGCAGGCGCUUGCCCACUCCAGAUUGUGGGACGCCGUUGGUGGUUUCCUUUUCCUCUUCUCACACAUGCAAGACAAGUUGUCAAAACACUCGAGCCAAGUCGACCUCCUCAAAGAACUGCUUAACUUGCAAAAAGACAUGAUCACAAUGAUGCUCUCUAUGCUUGAAGGUAACGUUGUGAAUGGUACCAUUGGUAAGCAGAUGGUGGACACCCUGGUUGAAUCUGCAGCCAACGUUGAGUUGAUUUUGAAAUACUUUGACAUGUUCCUCAAACUCAAGGACCUCACUGAAUCCUCAAGCUUCCAAGAAGUUGAUUUGAACAAAGACGGAUGGGUGUUCCCCAAAGAUUUCAAGGAAAAGAUGGAGCAGUCCAAAAAUUACACUCCCGAGGAAAUCAGCUUCAUUUUGGCAUGUUGCGAAACCAAUCACGACGGAAAAAUUGACUACGUCACUUUCACUGAGAGCUUCCAUGAGCCUGCAACUGAAAUUGGUUUCAACUUGGCUGUGCUGUUGACCAACUUGUCUGAACAUAUGCCUAACGAGCCUCGCUUGGCGAGAUUUUUGGAGACUGCCGGUAGUGUGCUCAACUACUUUGAGCCUUUCUUGGGAAGAAUUGAAAUUUUGGGCGGAAGCAAGAAAAUCGAGCGUGUCUACUUUGAAAUCAAGGACACAAAUAUUGAGCAGUGGGAGAAACCACAAAUCAAGGAAUCAAAACGCGCCUUCUUCUAUUCCAUUGUAACCGAGGGCGGAGACAAAGAAAAACUGGAGGCCUUUGUCAACUUCUGCGAAGACGCGAUCUUUGAAAUGCAACACGCGAGUGGUCUCAUGUCGACUGACGAUUCCGGAGGUGUUGGAAAGUCACGCGAAACUUCAUACAACUACCUCUCCGAAGAGGAGGAAGAAAAGUGAGUAAAAGUGAAAAGGUCAAUAAGUUAUUUUAAAACCUUAAAAUCCCUCAGACAAGCAAGCCCGUUACAAAAAGGUGUUCAAUCUGCAAAGGGCGCCCUUCAUGCUUGCAUGGCCAUGUUCUCCCCUGCCAAUGUCAAACUCAAAUUGGCUGAGAUACAGCAGAUGAGUGUUCCUGAGCUGGUAGUCGGAUUCUUCAAACUUUUCUUCUACAUUUUCUACUAUUCAGGUUUCGGCGUUGCCACAGUCAUUCGGUACUUCACUGGUAUUUUGAUGUCGUUGAUGAGAGGACCUCAAGUUGAAGAGCCCGUUGUUGAGGUUAAGGAGGAGGAAAAGAUAGGUGUAAGAAGACACGCAUUACCAGCACCACCGGUGGCUGACGAAUCAGCUUCGCAGCAACUCGCCUUGACUGACUCUCCAAAAGACGAGGCUGCAGCAAGUGCUGAGGGUGAAGCUGCUGCUCCUAAGACCGUUGCUGAAGGAGAGGGCGAGGCCUCUGCAGAGGAGGGUGGCGAAGAACACAAAGCUGAAGGUGGCGAAGGUGGAAUUAUUUCGAUUUCAGACCUUCUGGGAGGAGAGCAGGCGAAACUGGCAGCCGCCGCUGCAGCCGAAGCUGCUGCCCAACAACAAGCAGCAAUGGCAGCUGUCGAGGCUGAGCAGAAGCAGGAAACUGUUAAAGAACCAUCUCCUGUGUCUCAGAUCAACUUUGGCGAGUACAGCAAGCAUUUUGUCAGCUACUUGGCUAGGAACUUCUACACGAUGAAAUAUGUGGCUCUGGUUUUGGCUUUCAGCAUCAACUUCAUGCUUCUUUUCUACAAGGUGACAACUUUGGGCGAAGAUGACGAGGACGAUGAUGAUGGAGGCGCCUCUCAACAAAUGGAGGACUUGAUUGAAGAGCUUUCUGGAGAAGUGACGAACUCGACAGAGGGGCUUGACGACGGCGAUGAUGAGGACGAAGAAGACCCUAUUGAAUUAGUACACGUGGAUGAAGAUUUCUUCUACAUGGAGCAUGUCUUACGCUUGAUGGCCGCUAUUCACUCUCUGGUCUCUUUGGCUAUGCUCAUCGCCUACUACCACCUGAAGGUUCCAUUGGCUAUUUUCAAGCGCGAAAAGGAAAUCGCUCGCCGGCUAGAGUUUGACGGUCUUUACAUUGCAGAGCAGCCCGAGGAUGACGACAUAAAAUCGCACUGGGAUAAACUCGUCAUUUCCGCAAAGUCGUUCCCUGUAAAUUAUUGGGACAAGUUCGUCAAAAAGAAGGUGCGCACAAAGUACAGCGAAACGUACGAAUUUGACGCAAUUAGCAACAUGCUUGGAAUGGAGAAAACGUCAUUUGCUGCCGCUGACGAAGAAAAGCCAACCGGAAUACUCAACAUGAUUCUCAAUAUCGACUGGCGCUAUCAAGUUUGGAAGGCUGGCGUUACUAUCACAGAUAAUGCUUUCCUAUACAGUUUAUGGUACUUUACAUUCUCUAUCCUUGGAAACUUCAACAACUUCUUCUUUGCGGCCCACUUGCUUGACGUUGCAGUCGGUUUUAAGACAUUGAGAACCAUCUUGCAGUCAGUAACACACAACGGAAAACAGCUCAUAUUGACUGUCAUGUUGCUGACUAUCAUUGUGUACAUCUACACCGUCAUUGCUUUCAAUUUCUUCCGCAAAUUCUACAUCCAAGAGGAAGACGAUCAAGUCGAUAAAAAGUGUCACGACAUGGCAACUUGCUUUGUGUUCCAUUUAUACAAGGGAGUACGAGCUGGUGGCGGUAUUGGUGACGAAAUCGGAGACCCUGACGGAGAUGAUUAUGAAGUUUACCGUAUCAUGUUCGACAUCACGUUCUUCUUCUUUGUCAUUGUCAUCCUGCUGGCCAUCAUUCAGGGUUUGAUCAUUGACGCCUUCGGCGAGCUCCGUGACCAGCUUGAGAGCGUGAAGGAGGACAUGGAGUCCAACUGCUUCAUUUGCGGCAUAGGAAAAGAUUACUUUGAUAAAGUUCCGCACGGAUUCGACACUCACGUUGCACAGGAGCAUAAUUUAGCCAACUACAUGUUCUUCCUGAUGCAUUUGAUCAACAAACCUGACACAGAAUACACAGGUCAGGAGACCUACGUGUGGAACAUGUAUCAGCAAAGAAGCUGGGACUUCUUCCCAGUCGGAGACUGCUUCAGAAAGCAGUACGAAGACGAGCUGGGUGGCGGGGGUGGAUAAGUGACCAACCCCCAGCACAUUUUAUAAUUCAAUCACCCCCUUUCUCUCUUUUGUAUAAUAAUCUCAUCAAUUUCAAUCUGUAAUGGUAAUAAAGAUUUCCUUGUUGAUUUGUGGCCCUUAGAGUACUUCCCGUCCAUCUCAAGUGGCUCUCUCGUGAACCUCUCUCUUGCCCUCGUGUUAAAAUGUAAGACACACGUUUGAUAAAUUAAGUGGUUGUGACUUAAUAAGGACGCAUGAUGUACUUGCCCACUUCCUUGCGUUCUCAAUAAUAAUAAUAUUAUAAAAAAGAUUAACCGACCCAGUAGCUUUUAUCAUGUUGUAUCUUUUGCAAGCAAUCCCCGAGAAAUUUUAAGAAGGCAUGCGGAAAUAAAAGGGGACUGUACUCACCAGUAACAGUGCCUUUAAAAUCCUUGGGCACCUAGAUAAUUCAAAGUUAUGAGAAAAUGUUGUUUAGACUUAUAAAUAAAAUAUUCAAAUCUUCUGAGAUAUGUUGAGACAUA